GUGUAAACUUCCGGUUUCGAAAACAAAACGAAAGUUGAGGAAGGAAGAGAAGGGAAGAUUGAAUGUGUGAUUGGCAGAUAUGGAAGACGAAGACAUGCAGUACGACUUUUCCAAACAAAAAUAUCCAAAGCGUGGCCUUGUCUAUAUCAUCGUGAACGAGAGGUUUUCUGCCGAGGGAUAUCCCGACAGGCAUGGAGCGUACACUGAUUACAGAAACAUGAAGAAUCUGUUUAAACCACUCAAUUUAAAACUAAUGACAUAUUACGAUAAAACUGGACAGCAGAUCAAGGAUAUCUUACAAAGCGCUUCCAAGAGGCCUGACCUUGCUGAUCGGUCUUGCUUCAUUUGUGUAAUCAGUUCCCACGGAGAACAAUGGGCAGAAGUAGAUAGGAAAGAGAAAAAGAAGACAAUGGAACAUGCCAUUGUGGGCGUAGACGGCAUGAGAGUGCUAACGAAGGACUUAGUGGGGUUCUUCUCGGAGGAUAAGUGUUUUGACAUGGUGGGAAAACCCAAACUUUUCUUCAUUCAGGCAUGCAGAGAGACACUCUACAGUACUGAUCGCAGUAAGGCCGUUGACAGGGGGGUAGCUAUCCAGUACGUUGUGUCUGCUAAGUUAUCAAAACAUCGACGGAUGAGACAGAGAUUAUCGCUGAACACAAAAUAUGAUAGUGCCGAUAGUAAACCGAACCAAAGCGAAGUCCCUUUAGAUGCACUGGACCAUAUCAUUGAUCCAACUGGCAACGGUGACAGUGAUGAUGAUGACCAGUUAUCUGAUGGCUAUGACACAGCGACCACGGACGAAGACUCUGACGCGGAUUCUGACAGAGAGACAGGACACGAAGAAAUCAAGAAGAGAGACAGAUCAGUAAACACGGAGAACGAAGAUGUAAUUUCCAAGGAUGACGUGAAAAUAGAAAUCAGACACAUACAGGCUACAACACUCUCAGACCAAAACAAAGACCUUAACGUUGUUCCCAAGGAGGAAGAGAAAACAGAAAUCCAACAAAGCGAGAGAAUGGUACCUAGUGGUGUUCCGCUGGACCAGGAUGAUGCUGGAGCCAAAGGCAAACACAGGGUCCUACAGAUAUACAGGAGGCAGAGCCCAUGGAGGUUACCGCCAUUCCUUGUCAUGACGACAUGCUCGUCAUGUUCGCUUCCCCUCCAGGUAAACUCGCAUGGAGAAGUACUUCAGAAGGAGGCUGGCUGUUAGCAAACCUCUACAAUGUCUUUAAGCAGUACAUACGCAGCCGUAAAAUCAGUGAACGAGAUUUUCUCAGCAUCCUUAUCGAAGUAUCGCAGGACGUGUCACUCAAAGAGACUAAUACGGACAAUCCUACAUUGAACAACAUGAAGAUGGUGCCCACAAUCUACCACCGACUCACUAAAGAAGUUGUCAUGUGUUUUGGUAAGGAAACAGGACUGUUGAAAAAGCUUAAAGAGAAGAUUUCAGAGUUUAUCUCAAAAUGAUGACCUGAAAUGAUAGUCUAUCAAACAUUUGAUUCAAUCUCUGUCAGUACUGAGGGUCGGGGUUAUAUUUGAUUUACAAUCUCUGUCAGUACUGAGGGUGGAGGUUACAUUUGAUUCAAUCUCUGUCAGUACUGAGGGUGGGGGUUACAUUUGAUUCAAUCUCUGUCAGUACUGAGGGUGGGGGUUAUAUUUGAUUUACAAUCUCUUUCAGUACUGAGGGUGGGAGUUAUAUUUGAUUUGCAAUCUCUUUCAGUACUGAGGGUGGGAGUUAUAUUUGAUUUACAAUCUCUGUCAGUACUGAGGGAGGAGGUUACAUUUGAUUCAAUCUCUGUCAGUAUAGAGGGUAGGGGUUACAUUUGAUUCAAUCUCUGUCAGUACUGAGGGAGGAGGUUACAUUUGAUUCAAUCUCGUUAGUACUGAGGGUGGGGGUUAUAUUUGAUUUACAAUCUCUGUCAGUACUGAGGGUGGGGGUUAUAUUUGAUUUACAAUCUCUUUCAGUACUGAGGGUGGGAGUUAUAUUUGAUUUGCAAUCUUUCAGUACUGAGGGUGGGGGUUAUAUUUGAUUUACAAUCUCUUUCAGUACUGAGGGUGGGAGUUACAUUUGAUUUGCAAUCUUUCAGUACUGAGGGUGGGGGUUACAUUUGAUUUACAAUCUCUUUUAGUACUGAGGGUGGGGGUUGGGGGUUACAGGGAGGG